ACACGCUUUCGCUGGUCAGUUACCAUUCAUUCAUUCACUAUCGCGUACGUGCUCCUCGUCGUGCUCGAGUGUAUCUUAAGAUUUAUUGUAGAUUAUAGUAAAACAACGUAAAAAAUGGAACCUGAUAGUCGUAGUAUUUUAGAAAAAUUGGAAUUGUUAUUAAAUACGCUGAAUCAUAUGCUAAUAGGGUUUGUGUCAAUCUAUAUGACGUGGUAUGGCCUCUCUCAUAAUUUGAGCUCGGUACCGUUGCAUGCUUGGUUGUGUACGAUAGGGUAUCAAUUUUUGAUGGCUGAAGCGAUCAUGUGCUUUUAUUCAGGUAACGCUUGGACGUCUCUACUUUCGACACGAGGAAAAAGGCAUAUCCAUUGGGUCCUUCAAGUUUUGGGAUCUGGGUUAGCACUGGCUGGCUUCAUUAUUAUAGUAGUACACGUCACAGGCGAGCACUUUACUAGCAUCCAUGGAAUUCUUGGUUUGGUCAGCACUAUAUUUCUACUGAUCAAUUUGGCUAUGGGACUGGCGGCAUUUUUCUCAAUCAAAUUAAGGAAUUUGAUUAAGCCCAUUAUAUCUAAGACGUUACAUGUCUUCUUGGGACUCACCGGCUUCGUUUUGGGAAUGGUCACGCUUUACUACGGAAUCAUCAAACUUAAACGAUCUGUCGAUGAGACGUUUGUGACAAUGCUUGCAGUUUUCAGUUUAAUCACAUUAGUUUUAUCUUCGAUUGGCACACUGAAAACAUUAUUUAGAAAUUUAGUUAAUUGUUGUAAUUAAGUGCCAUGAUAUACUCGAUAUGUACAGUAUAAGUAGUAUUGCUAAGUGUAAAUACAGAAGAACGAAUGAUAUCUACCUAGUGCGAACCUCGGUUUAUACGUUCAUUACAAAUCUUUUUAUUUGAA